UUACUCUGCGCACCCGCAAGUUCAUCCGCAACCCCUGCUUGCCCGCAAGCAGAUGGUCGUGUGAGUCUCUCUCGCCCCCUCCCCACCGCUAGAGCACCGACGCCGCCCUGCCAAAGACCGGAUGUCAACCUGCGCCCAUGGAAACGAGAAGCAAGAGGAGGACCAGACGACAUUCAACAUUGCGCCGCCAUUGAUGUCCUCCACCCCAACCGUCCCAACGUCUCCAAGGAUGAGCUCCGCCAGAAGCUCUCCGAGCUCUACAAGGCCGACAAAGACCAGGUCUCCGUCUUCGGUUUCCGCACCCAGUACGGUGGUGGCAAGUCCACUGGCUUCGCCCUCAUCUACGACUCCAACGAGGCCAUGAAGAAAUUCGAGCCCCACUACCGUCUUGUCCGUGUUGGCAUGGCCACCAAGAUCGAGAAGGCCUCGAGACAGCAGCGCAAGCAGCGCAAGAACCGCAUGAAGACCCUCACCGGUACCGCAAAGGUCAAGGGUGCCAAGACCAAGAAGGACAAAUAA